AUGUUCCUCCAGCGUGAUCUUGGAACAUCUGUUCCAAUGCGUUUAUACACAAUGACGAAAUGCUAUUUAGUUGUCGUUACGAUUGUAUUUCUUCUGAUUAUUGGAGUAUCUGUAAUUUUUGGUGUAUCUGGUCCUAAUGUGUCACACCGCUUUGUUAUUCCUGCGUCAAAUACUGACUCGGAAUCCACUUCAUAUCAUGUGGAUUCUCCACCUCUUUCAGUUUUUCAUCGUGAACUUUGGCUGUCAGCUGUAGUAAACCGUGCACCUUUGGAACAAGAUGCUAAAUUAUCUGUGAAUAUUAAUACAUCUAUAAAAGUACAUAUACCAUCUGAUUUAACUGCUGUUAGUAAUGUAAAUAAAGCCGUGGAGUCAAUUCCAUCUAGUGGAAAUUCUGUCAUUCAACUGGGUCCUAUUCAUAAUCGUACUAUUCAGAUAAAUUGUCCAGAAAUAAAAUGUGAUGAAGUCUUUCUAUUCCAUCUUAUUCCAAUUGAUUUUACCAUCUAUAAAUUCAGUAUAUCAUUUUAUCGUGAAUCAUCGACCAGUAGCAAAUACAAAGAAGACAAUUUGAAGAAGAAUGCAUUUAAAAUAAUCAGUGUUGAUUUUAUUUUUCAAUGCUAUACUACUAAGUUCACUUAUUUCGAAUUGAUUGUCAAAUUUUUAUCCUUUAUCAUUUCGGAAGUGAUCUGCAUUCUAUUCUAUGUGAACAUGCGAAAAUUCCGUUUAUGUAAUUGGACAAUUGAACAAUGUUGUAUAGCCAUCUUAUUGCCUUUAUUAAUACUUUAUAAUAAUCCAUUAUAUCCUCUUCAGUAUUUAACCACGAAUUGGUUUCCUCCAUGUCUUGGUUAUUUCUUUCAAGUUACAUUUAUUUGUACAUUAUUAUUAGCAUGGUUAUGCAUAUUUCAUGGUAUACGCGUCUCAAACAGGACAUUUCAUAAAUUCUAUCUACCGAAAGUUUGUUUCAUUGGUAGCUUUUGGUUGAUCAUUGUUCUGAUUAUUACCUGGAAAACUUAUGUUGCCUAUUAUGAGCCAAUGUUUGAUAUACUCGAAUAUACACAACUUCUCAUUUUUACCGUGGUAUCGGUUAUUCUGUUCGGUUUAAUCUACGUGAUUUUAUUUACUGUACUAUUUAUUCGAGCUUGUCAUAAACUAAGAAAACUUCCAUAUUUCAAUCUACGUUUAUAUUUCCUUACAUUCCAAUCAGUCAUCUUUGUUAGUGUAUUAACAAUUGUUUUACUAUUACAUUUAAGCCAAAAAUUUACUACUCAAAUAUUACAUUACACGGAUGAUAGUAGUCUCCAACAAUCACAAUCGCAAUCACAAACACAACAGCAAUUAAAUCACAAAAAUCUUCUAGGAUUUCAUUUACUCAAUGAUAUUUUCGCUUAUCAUUCAACACUUGAAUUUGUAAUCAUACAAUUUACUAUAAAUGCAUAUAUUUUUCUAUUGGUAUUUGUUUAUUCUCCACCGAAUAAUGUACAAUUAGAAAUAGAUGUAAAAGAUGAUCCAUCUUUGUCAAUGAUAAACGAUUCAGAUGAAGAUGUAAUUUAUGAAUCUGACACUGAAACAAAAACAUUUUUGUUCUCUCAACGCAGACUGUAA